AUGACGAAUAUAUUAAAUAAUGUAUUUACAGCCAAUAUAAAGUUUUGUAAAAAUAUAAAAUAUAAACGAGUAUUUUCAGGAAAAUGUGAAAAUAAAUAUAUAAAUAAAACUAAUAAAAUUACCCCCCAAAAUGUAAUUACAGGUAUUAAAUUUGAUAUAUAUAAUGAUAGGGCAAUUUUCGGUGAUUUUCCCAAAAAACACACAAGAAAUUUCUCGAGUUUUAUGAAAAAUGUUAUAGAACAGGUUAAGAAAGAUAUGAAGGAAAACAAACAAUACCAAGAAGCGUUAAAAGAGUUGAAAGAAAAAACUGAAAUAGAUGAUAAAGCUAUUAAACUCAAAAAAAAAAUCGAAGAAAAUAUAAAUAUUUUAAAAAAUAUAAAAGGAAAAAAUGAGCAAGCAAUAAAAAUAAUAUAUAAUGAUAUUAAAAAAUUAGUAACACAUUGUUUUGAAAAUUAUUAUAUAUUCAAGUUAAGUAAAAAUCUAAGUGUUCAAUUUUUUUCAGGAUUAACAAAAAUAUUAUUAAUAACAACAGAUAAAAUAAACGAACUAACAGAUAAAUGGAAUGAUAAUAAUGCUUUUAUGAAACUAGACAAAUGGAGACAGGAAAUGGCAAUUAAAAGGUAUAAAAAAAAAACAGGUAUAAAUGAAAAAGAUUCGGAUAACAAAAAUGGGGAUGGAAAGGAUGCGAAUUUAAAUGAUUCGAACUCUGGAACAGGAAAUGAAUUAAUUUUGGCACAUGAAUCCGCUUGGGAUAAGUUUGGAAGUAAAUUAAAAGAUAUGCCAUUCUUAAAUAAUUUUUUUGAAAACCCAAUAUUAGGGAAAUUAUUUGGGGAAACAGAAUUAGCUGCUGCAUUAAGAAUAAUGAAAAUGGACGAUAAAAAUUUCAAAUUAUCAGAACUUAUGUAUUUAUUUGAAUUUGUUAUAUCUAAGCAUAUUGUUGAAUCUUAUUUAAUUGGAGAUGAAGAUACACUUAGAUUACAUUGUGGGGAAGCAGCUUUUAACUCGUUAAAUUCAAGUAUUAAUGAAAGAAAAAAAAAAAAAUUAUUUUUAGAUACAAAUGUUUUAAUAUAUAAAAACCAUGAACUUAAAGGAGCACAAAGAAUGGAGGAAAGCUCUCCUUGGUUUAUUUUUACAUUCCAUACACAACAAAUUAAUUGUUUAAAAAAUAAAGAUGAUGAAAUUGUUGAAGGAAAAAUUGAUGAUAUUAGAGAAGUUGUUUAUACAAUUGCAUUAUCUAAACAUCCAGAACCCGAAACAGAAGGUUUACUAUAUCCAUACAUAAUUAGAGAAUUUGCAAUUAUUGGUAAUACUCCUUCUUGGUGA